CGGAUUAUCACAAUAAAAUCGUCAAUUACUGGCAUCAGCUGUAAGCAGCCAUCUUUGACAACAUUACACGGUUGUUUUAGAGUUGUUCAUACUGCUACAAAGCAUGCAUAUUAUUUUUCCAAGUAUAUAUUCCUCACUGAGUUGCAAGCAGACCCUCAAUGUGAUUUCAAAGAAUAUAUCAACAAUGAAUUUUUUGCU